AAUGUCACUAACUUUUUGGGUCCACGCAACUGCCCUCCUUUUUUGUACCUUCCUUCAGCAAGGGUUUGGAUGGGUACAAGAUAUCAGCAGUGAUUUGACAUCAGCUGAGCCUCAAACUGAAAUAACUGCUGUGGAAGGACAGACUGUCACUCUCACACUUUUCUACACUAAGAAUAAUCCACCAAAUUCCCUCCGAAUAGACUUUAACAUUCAGACCUCUGGGUUCAGCAACAGAUGGAGUGGACUAUGUUGUCACUCCAGAUCCAGCUAGUGUUUUCAUGGAUCCAGAUGGUGUUCUCAUGGACGAAGUGUCACUGCAGUUGGUCCCAGUCACAGUUAAUGUCACUCUAGCCAGUGAUGGUAUAGGAGGAGAAGGAACUGAAGACAUUGUACUCACUCUAGUCCAGCUUCCACCAAUCGAACCCGAGCGUGUUCUCGUCAACCCAACUGUCAGGAUCAUUGUCGAGGAUAAUGGCAUUCAGACUGGGUUCAGGAUGCCGGAAGAUGGAUGUAUCCCAGAGGGUGUGUUGCAGGAGAUCUGUCUGACUACUGUUGGAUUUCCUGCAGUGGAUACUGUGCUAACUAUCUCAGUCACUCAUGGAACUGCUGGACCUGAAGGUAAAGAUGCUUAGACUCUUAGCACAAGCUCAAUUUUAAGUAUAUAUUCUGUAGAAUAAUUCCCAUACUGAGGGUUCCAGUAGUAUUCAUGAUUAUACACAGACUUCAAUCUGAUCACGCCACAAGUGACCAUCACUGAAACUAUGACUGAGCCGUGUGUGAGAUUCCAGGCCAUAGCAGAUGUUCUGGGACUUGAGAGAGUGGAGAACCUCACUUUGUCUCUGAGUGGACCUCCCGAUGUACAACUGACUACUGCCUCUCUACACAUCUGCAUUCAGGACUCUGAUGAUAGGCCAGCGGAGGUCAGUUUCCUCCUUGUGAACGCCACAGGAGUGACGAUCUCCUGGAGUGGCAAUGUCCACCUCUCCACCUCCAUCAACUACACUGUCUCCCUCUCCACAACAGGCAUCAUCAUGAACCAAUACAACAGGGUCUACCCACCCGGAACUACCUCCGAUGUCGUGGUUUUGGAUGAUGACAUCACCCUUACAGACGAAUAUGUGCACAAUUUCACCCUCCACUACAUCUCUCAGAACGAUGAUGUCCCAGGAAUUCCAAUCAUUGCCUCCUUUACUUUCGAUAAGAUGUACUUUCAGAUUCAGUUUGGACCAUUCCACUUUUGCCUGGAUUGGGGACUGGAAAAGACAGUUCGCAUUGAGAAACAACUGCAGAGUUAUUUGAUCCAGAUCCUCCGUAAAGAUUGUGCCGAUUGCUAUGGAUUAACCCCGUCUUUCCUGAGACCAGGACUGUUUCUCUGCCACAGUAACCCCACCAAGACCACCUACCGCUCCACCCUUGUUAACCCUUUCCCCACCACAAACUCCACCCACCUGGUGGGCAUUAUUCAGAGUUGGGUGUCCACGGGUCCGUCCAUCGUUCUUGACGGUCUGCUGGUGAGAGUGAGUCCCUCCUGCUCCACCUCUAUCUCCAGUCUCGAUGAAGGAGAGUGUGAGACUGGUACCACACAUGACCCACAACUUGGGGAACAGAUUACUCAGACUCUCAAUGUUUGUGCCAUCAGGAAUCUUGGAGAGCAAGUCUGCAGGCUUGGUGGUUGCUGAAAACAACAGCUAGUAAUCUUGACCCUAUUGCUGUGGCAUCUGACUAAAGAAAUUCAGUGUGUUUAUGAUCAGUGCCAUUGUAACCGAGUCUCGUGAACCUUACCUUUUCUGUAAAUGUGUGUCUAGUUAGAAUAAUAUCCCCCUAUAUAUGGUUUAUUGCAUAUGUGCAGCAUCAGUUCCAUGAAAAACCCAGUGAAGAGAUGAACUAUUGCCAA